AUGGAGUGCUUCCUGAAGGAUGCCGACGCGAAGAGCAAGGGGGACGAAAGCGUGAAGAACUGGGUGAGGGAUGUGAGGGAAAUCGCUUACCAGGCGGAGGACCUCGUCGAGUCCUUCGUCCUCGAUGCCGAUGGGAGACGACGGAGAAGAAAGGGCUUCAUCCGGACCAUUUUGUGUUGCCGCCUUCCAUCCCCCAACGGCAUCAUUGUUCUCCACCAAUUCGGUGACGAGAUCGAGGCCAUACGGACCAAAAUCGACGAAAUCAAUGGACGAAGAAGCACCUACGGAAUCCAAGAUCUGGGCGGAGAGCCGGAGAGGCAGAUCGACAACACAGUGCGGGAACGAAGGCGGGUCGUUCUCCAUGCGACAUAUGCUGAUCUGGUUGGCAUGGACGAGGAGAAGAACAGAAUCGUGGAACAUCUGUUGGACGGGAGCAGGAAGAAGAGGUCUGUGAUCUCGAUUGUGGGGAUGGGCGGCCUCGGGAAGACCACUCUUGCUAAGAGAGUCUUCAACGAAGCAAAAGCCAGGUUCAGUCACUCGGUUUGGGUCGAUGUCUCCCAGCAGUACUCCGCUGUGGAUCUCCUUGGAGAGAUUCUUCUGCAGGUCAAGAAGACCGGAGAAGAGGAACUCGAGAAAAUGACGAGGCCCAAGCGCGAGGAAAUGCUUUACCAGACCUUGCUGGCGGAUAACUACUUGAUCGUCAUGGAUGACGUGUGGGACACCGACGUUUGGAGAAUCCUCAGUCCGCAUCUCCCAGACGCCGAGAACGGAAGCCGGGUUCUCAUCACCACCCGGUCCGUCGAAGUUGCCAGAUCUGCGGAUACAUCUACCCUCCCCUUGAGCUGGGAUUUCUAA